AUGAUUAUUUCUCCACCAAAGUUAGUACUGCUGACCAUUUGCGCAAAUUACGUGAUAGCAUUCUGCCCAAGCCUUCAUUCAUGCACUUGUGAUGAUAAAUCUGAUGGUUAUUAUAUCAGUUGUAAAGGUCCUACCAACACCUCCCUUUCCGAUAUUAUACAAUCACUAGGUAGACGGCAAGUGCAAAGGCUUACGAUUACUAAUACUUCAUGGCCGGUGCUCGAAGAAUUGCCAUUAGCCAGUAUACGGUCUCUUCAGUUGAUCUCGUGUGGUAUCAAGAAAAUUACGGAUACAACGUUCGCCAAAUUAGCAGAUAAUUUGGAACAUUUAACAAUUACCGAAAAUAUGCUCACAACUGCGACAGUGCUUAGUUCCUUGCCAAAGUUAAUUUCGCUCAAUCUCAAUUAUAAUCAGUUAACAGAUUUACCAGAUAAUGUAUUCAAAAGUACCAAAAAUCUACGACAUUUACUCCUUAAGGGAAACAAAAUUUGCUCACUCUCGAGUAAUUCAUUAUUCGAUAUCAAGAACAUACUGGAAUUACUGGAUUUGAGUGACAACUGUCUCAGUGAUAUACCAGCACAGAACCUAAGGAAUUGUAUCCGGCUAAUGUAUUUGGAUUUAUCCCAUAACGCUAUAAAGAAAAUUGCUAACUUUGAACUUAUGAAUCUACCAUUACUUAAGGAACUACGAAUAAAUAACAACCAAAUAAAUUACAUAGCACCGAUGGCAUUCAUGAAUGUACCACUUUUGGAACAUCUUUAUUUAAGGAAUAAUCUAAUUUCUUCUAUUCAAACGGAACGUCUUUUUCAAGUCUUCAAAAAUCUUGAAGUUUUAGAUCUGUCUGAAAAUAUGCUCACUAAGGUACCAUCAUUAAAAGAAUUAUCUAAUCUGCGACAAAUUCAUCUCAGGCACAAUAAAAUCUCAAGGAUAGAAACGCUUGCAUUUAGUUCCAACAGAAAGCUUCAACUCAUCAGCUUACAGAACAACAAAAUUACAACGAUGUCACGGAACAGUUUCGACUCACUGGAUGAACUCGUCGUCCUUAACUUAGCUAAUAAUGAUAUCAAGAAGAUCGAACGAGUAAUGCUUGAUGGGAUGCGAAAUCUUCAACAACUUAAUUUACGAAAUAAUUCCCUUACUGUAUUGGAAAAUGCAACAUUUACAUCAGUUUCAAAGAUAACAACCCUUGAUCUGGCGCAUAAUAGUAUCCAAACAAUUGAAAAGAAUGUCUUCACACCCCUUAAAGAUAUAUUCUGGCUUGAUCUGUCAUCUAAUCUUAUCAAAACAAUAGAACAAGAUACCUUCAAAGAAAAAAUAGCAAACAUUUUGCUAAAUGACAAUCCACUUCACUGUGAUGAAAAACUGAAUUGGUUGGUUAACUAUUUGGUGGCAAAUCAGGUACGAACUUUUUUACCCUAUCAAACUGAGGUACUGUGUGCUGGACCGGAAAAAUACACCGGUGUUCGACUGAAAGAACUGAUGAUUGCGAAAGCCAAUGAAACAAUGGACAAAGCAAGGAAUAAUUUUUAUGAGAAUGGCCAACGUGAUGUAGCACUUACGCAACCGAUUAUUGGUGCUCUCACUGAAGCUAUACCUUCAAUCCAAAAUAUCCCUGGUAUCAAUUACUUACCCAAAGCAAAUGAGGAACGCACUAUCGAUGUUCGAAAAUUUAACAGUGUUAUUGAACAACUUUCUUCACCACUCAUUCCUGUCACAACUGGGAAACAACCGGCAUCAGUGGAUAUUGAACAAUUUAUCCAAACUAUUCCGAAUCUUGUUGUUAACAUACCCGGCAUGGGCGAUGUCGACAUAAGCAAGCUUCCACCAGGCGUAAUUACACAUGUCUUGCGAGGUGGACAAAUUCCGGGCUUACUUCCGGAAACUUUGGACAAAGUUACAAAGGAAUACUUCAAACGUAUGUAUGCAGCAGCAGAGACGGCUAAACGAGGAGGACUUGUGAUCGCUGAAUCCCGUAAUUUAGCACCAUCGGAAACGCUACCGCAGUCAUUUACAACCCAUGUAAUACAAGCAACCGCUAUACCACAACCUGACCGACGACAAACACAAAGUAUACGGGUGGCUAUGAGCAGUAUUCCAAACCAGUUUAAAAACUUGUCAACGGAAAAAUCCAGAGGUUUACCAUCAACAAUAAUCGAAGUAAUGAGAAUGCUGCCAACUGGUUAUAAUAUCAGUAAGAUACCAAAACCGGUGCUUGAUGCCCUAUUCCGCGGCGAAGUACCCGAUUUUACACUCCUUCCCAGUGAACUUCAACAGCAUCUUCUCACAGAUGGACACAGAUUAAUUGCUGCGUUGUCAACCCAUGCUAAUAAAACAGUGGAAGAAAUACUACACAAUUUGCCGACAUUUAAACGUCCAAUAAAACCUACCUUCAUUCCAUACGAUAUCAAUGAAGUGACUAACGAUCUUACCCAAACUAAACAACGAGCUGAGAAAUUGGUUCGGGUCCAAUAUUACACUGCUUUAUUACUUGGUUUUGUUGGAGCAAUUUCUAUAGCAGUCUUGAGUUUAAUAUGUGUAUAUAUGAAAAAAAAACGCCUGGGAGAUCCAGAACUAAACAUCGAUGAAGAUUCUUUAGUAAAUCCAAGUCAAAUGCCACAAACACAACAGUCAGUCACAAGUGGAUCAAAGAUAGAUACUCCUUUUACAAAACAUCAUAAAUACCUUUCAGGAAGCUCUCACAUGUCCAAAAUUUAUAAAUGA